CACUAGUACCUGCUCACGAAUUUUUACAUUGACUCUUACGGGAGUCCAGGGUCCUAUAGAACUGGUCCCGUGGUCCCUGCUAUUAUUCUAUGGUUCGGCUUCCGAGAGUGGCAAGUGUCCAAUUUAGGUUCAACCUAUUUUUCGUUGUGUUCUUCGUUAUCAACCAGUAAAUCAGAAUGGGUGUACCAGCUGGAGAUGCAGAGAAGGGAAAGAAGGUUUUCGUCACAAAAUGCUCUCAAUGCCACACGAUAGAAGCUGGUGGCAAACACAAAGUUGGUCCCAAUCUGCAUGGUAUUAUUGGCAGAAAAACAGGUCAAGCCCCUGGAUUUUCUUACACAGACGCUAACAUUUCCAAAGGUAUCACGUGGAACAAAGACACUCUUUUUGAAUAUCUAGAAAAUCCUAAGAAAUACAUCCCCGGCACAAAGAUGGUAUUCGCUGGAAUCAAGAAACCUCAGGAACGAGCGGAUCUGAUUGCUUAUAUUGAACAAGCCUCUAAGUAGACUACAAUGAUUUGAGUAUUAUUAUUAAGUAGUACAUAUAUCACUUGCCCGGCCAACACUGUUUUUAAAUUUAGCACAAGUGUCGAUGCUAAGAUUGUGUGCAAUCAGUGCUCCAACCUAAAAAUGUAUAGCCAUCUAAACCUUUGUCCUUGUCAAAGUUUGACUUUGCCACUGUUCGUGGAAGUGAUAUUGAGAAUCACUUGUAUAAACUCUCAAUAAUUUAUUAAAGUGUUCAUAUCAAAUAUGAA